ACUCCCACGGGGCAGCGGGGCGCCGCCCCGCACCGGCCCGAGCACCUCGAGGCGGGUCCCGCGCCGCCCGCGGGAGGGGCGUGAAGAUGGCGGACACGGCCGUCGGCAAAGACAAGUGUGGGGACCAGCGGCUCGUGUCCCUACCCCUGUCCCGCAUCCGCGUCAUCAUGAAGAGCUCCCCCGAGGUGUCCAGUAUCAACCAGGAGGCGCUGGUGCUCACGGCCAAGGCCACGGAGUUGUUCGUGCAGUACCUGGCCACCUGCUCCUACAGGCACGGUGGGGGCAAGGAGAAGAAGGCGCUCACCUACAGCGACCUGUCCAGCACCGCUGAGGACUCCGACACCUUCCAGUUUCUGGCAGAUAUAUUACCGAAGAAGAUUUUAGCGAGUAAGUAUCUGAAAAUGCUCAAGGAGAAGAGGGGCUCGGACGAGGAAGAGAAUGCCGACGCCUCGGAAUCCUAAUCCCAAAGUCAGCUCCAGCCGCCAUCCUGGGGGACCCGCCUUCCGCCCCACUGGCCGAGUGCCCGGAGCAGGGACCUGCACUGCCCCCGCAGACCCAGGAAAUCGCCCCCUGGACCUGGCCCCCCUCUUCAGCUGCCCCAGCUUGUGUUCAGGGCACAGCGGUUUGCGGCGGCAUUCUCCCUUACAGCUGUUGGUGCCAAGUGCCAGCUGUGUAUGUUUAUAUGUGAAUGUAGAUUUUGAAAUCAGUUCUAGUGAAAAACUAAACACAUAGUAAAUAGUUCUUGGAAACUAGUUUUAAAAUGACAGUUUUUGGGCAUAGUAUAUUACAUUUGAAUUUUGUAUUUAAAAAAAAAUUUGUACUCCAAUAAAUCACCCAUUUUUAUUUAAAAACUACAUAUUUUUUAUAGUAAAAUAAAUGUGGAACUUGUUCUAGAGUCACAUCCCUCUGAGAUCUUUGUGCAAUUAAAGAAUAAGCAUUUCUAACCCCCCAGAGGAAAAUAAGCAUUUGAAUCCCCAAAAAAAUAAUACUCUUGGGGCUUGCAGCAAUAGCACAGCGGGAAGGGCAUUUGCCUUGCACACAGGCCGAGGUCAGUCCUGGCAACCCAUCUGGUCCCCCGAGCACCGCCAGGAGUAAUUCCUGAGUCAGAGCCAGGAGUAACCCCUGAAAAUCACUGGAUAUGAUCCGAAAAGAAAAAAAAAUUACUCUUCAUACUUUAAUUAAAGACGACUUUAAAGCAUAACAAUAGCUCCCCGUAUGUCGUACCUCUGGUUGACCGUAGGGGUUGGAGUCCAGGUGUGGAUGCCGAGUGGCUGACUGCUGGGUGUGCACCCCUGAAAACCAGGAACAGUUGUUUCCACAGCAUUCUCCCCAGCUCCCUACCCCAACACAUGACAUUUCUGGCACUUGUCUUUCUGAUGUUGUAGAAACGGUUAUGAUUUGAAUCUAGUAACAUAAGAGUGUGUGUGUGGACAGUUCUGUCACCCCCACUUAUGCUUACAGCCCCCUUCACUUAGCUGUUCACAGCAUUAAGGUUUUCUGUUCUGGUAUAUUUUCAAGUUGAUUUAAAAAUACUUUUUGUUGUGUGUUUGGGCCACACCUGGCAACACUCGGGUUACUCCUGGCUCUGUGCUUAGGAAUUAUACCUGGUGGUGCUCAGAGGUUUCUAUGGAGAGUUGGGGAUCACACCCAGGUCAGCCGCAUGCAAGGCAAGUGCUGUACCCACUGUACUAUCACUCCGGCCCCUAAAAUAAAAAUGGUUUUUGGUCCACACCUGGCAGUGUUUAGGGGUUACUCUUGGCUCUGUCUCAGUAACUACUCCUGGUGGUGCUCAAAACAUACGGGGUGCUCAAUGCAAGGCAAAUGCUCUACCCAUUACAUUAUCACUCUGGUCCCUAAAAUAAAAUUUUUUCAUUUUUGCUUUUCCGGUCACACCUUGCAAUGCACAGGAAUUACUCCUGGCUCAUGCACUCAGGAAUUACUCCUGGCGGUGCUGGGGGGGGGGGGGAAAACCAUAUGGGAUGCUGGGAAUCAAACUCAGGUUGGCCGCCUGCAAGGCAAACGCCCUACCCGCUGUGCUAUCUCUCCAGC